AUGAAUGAAUAAUUUAUGAGUUUUAGAAUUAGGGAUAGAAUUGAAUAAUUAAGAGGAAAUUUUGAAAAUUCUUUUCACGAGUUUAUUGAAGAUGAAUUGUUUUAAGUGGAUGAUAGAGUAUAUAAAUUUUUAAACAUCUAAGAUAAUUGGUUAAGAUUAAACAAGUAAUAAAUUAAGAAUUAAGUAUCUAAAAAAUAAUUAACAUAGAUGGAAAUUGAAUGUUUGUAAUUUUUGGCUGGUAGUUUUUAUACAUGUUAAAUUUAAAGAAAUUUAUGUGAUUUGUAAUAUUAUUCAUGGAUCGCAACUACAUACAUGAAUUUAGGUAAUUUGAAUAUGGAUUGUUAUGAAAUGGAAACUGAUCAUAACAAUCUACUUUCUGCAUCAUCCAUAUAUUUAAUUAGUUUUCAAUUAUUAAGAAUUUUAAAUUAUUUUCAUUAGAGAGGAAUAUAUCAUAUGGAUGUUAAACCAAAAAAUAUUUUACUUCAUUAUGAGUAUUAAUUUUGUUAUUAAGCCUAAAAUAUAUUAAAUGCAAUUGAAUAGCCAUACUAAUAAGAAUUAGAGUAAUUAAGAAUAGAUUUAUUGGAAAAUAAUAACGAUUAAGGAUAAUUUGAUCAAAAUCAGAUUGAACCAGAUUAUGUUUCGUUUCAAUAAAUUCUUUAAAGAAACUUUCAAAAUGCUAGAGAAGAUCUUCCGAUACAAUUAUUGUUGUAUAGAUAAUAAUUUAAUAAUGAACAGACAAAUCAAUUAAUAUAUUGGAUUAGAAAGUGGCUGGAAAAGGAAGGUAUAUAAACUUUUAACCGCAACAAUAUAUUUAUAAAAAAAUGGGUUAAAAUUUGUUUAUGUGAUUUUGGAUUAACUUAAUAAUUUUAUAAUUAAAAUUAAGAAUUAUAAAUAUAAUAAAUAGACGAAGAAGAGAAUUUUUAUAAAACUCCCUAUAAAAUAUUAAGAGAUCAUUUACAUUAAAAUUAUUUUACUAAUAUAAAUAUUUAAGAUAUUAAAAGAUAGUAAGACCUAUUUUGCUUAGGUUAAACUAUAUUUUAUCUAUUGUAAAUAAAUAUUAAGAUUGAAUUAUAUGUAGACAAUUUAAAUUAAGAGAGAGUACGUUAAAUUUGUGGCUUCAUCUGUUAAUAAUUAAAUAUAAAUUAACUAAAUGAUAAUAUAUCUUUAGAUGAAUUGAAUACACUUAAUCGGUAUUACUCAUAAAUUAGAUCAAUUGGUUAACUUAAAAUGAAUUUAUAAAAUUCUAAUUAGUAGAAUACCAAAAUUUAUCAGGUUCUGAGUUUGAUAAGUGAAAUGAUAAAGUUUUCAUUUACUCCAUCGAACUUUUAAAAUUUUAUUCAAUUUGAAAAUUAUUUUUAUGAUAUCAGUGAUAUAAGGGAUAUCAAUAGAAAAAUGUCUAACAUGCAGUAAUAUAAGAUAUCAUUUGAUUGA